UCACCAUUUUGUGUCUGUGGAGUAAAACAAGCGAGCAGAGUUUUGUGUGUUAAUUUGUAUGAUGUGUUUUUGUUUUUUUAUCUGAAGGAAAAUAAAAUAACACGCCGCGAUGUCGGAGCUGUCGAGUGGAGCGGUGUCGUAGGGUGGCCCCCGUGACCGAGGCGCGUUCGUUUGGUUCGUGAUACUGUAAAUAACGUCUUAAGGACGAGUAGAAAAGGAACAAGGAAGAGGAGGAGGAGGAGGAGGAAAGGAAGAGAGAACGAAAGAAACAAAAAGAAGGAUGCCGUUGAAAAAGCAAGGGGGGCGCUCGCCCCCCUCCACCAGGACCAAAGCAGGGAAGAAACGUGGCCCUUCAGCCCAGCAGAACACCCCCGGUGCCCAGGGGGCCCAGGAGUCUACAGGAGGGGGGAGGGAUGCAGAGAGGGAGCGAGAGAAGCAGCCGUCUUCAACAGGGGCUCAGCGCAGACCACAAGCGAGCCCAGCGGACGCCCAUUAUUCACAGAGCAGGACUUCUAACAGCAGAGUGCAGAGCCAGGACACAGCGGCCUCUCCCAGCAAAGGGAGCCACCAACACCAUCCGCUCCCCCAGCACCGCCCUCCCCCUCCACAGGGCUCCAAGCUCAGAGAGGGCAAAGGGGCAAGGGCCAGGGAGAGCCAGCGCCCGCAGAGCACAGUAGGACUGGGGCCGGGAGAGGCGGAUUGUGGAACAGGAGAGCCCUCCUCUAGCAACGCCAGCAGCAGCAGCAGCACCAGCACCAACCCUCCCUCCAGCCGGAAAACCGCCACCUUCAAAUCCCGCGCCCCGAAAAAGAAGUACACUUUGGAGCAUUAUAGGAGUAGUUUAGGAGAAGGAGGAGGAGGAGGAGGAGAAGGAGAAGUAGCAGGGGGUGCUGGGAAUACAGAGGCCAUUUCGGGGGACACCAUGGAGAGUGUGGGAGCCUCUCCAGUCAGCAGCAGCAGCAGCAGUAGUGGGGUUGCUUCUGAUGGCAGCCGGGAAGACAGCAACGGCAGUGAGGCCCUGAGUUCGAAUCUCGCCAGCUCAGGGGGGCAGACUGGGCUGGGGGAAGCCUUGGCAGCCCAGCCGGAAUCAGGAAGAGGAGAUGACGCUGGGAAGACAGCAGAUCAGAGCAACCCCGAUGGAGAACCCGACAGCAUCAACGAUGACGACGACAAUAAAAAUAACAACAAUAAUAAACAUGAUGAAGACGACAACAGUGAUAACUACAACGACGACGCAAACAACCAGGAGGGUAAGUGCGGUCUGCUGUCCGUACGCUCCUCUUCCACGGACACCGCCAGCGAGCACUCUGCCGACUCUGAGCUGGAGGAAGCCAACGCCAACCGUAACCCACCUGCCCCAAGCAGCUCCACCGCAGCCAGGCUCCCCCCGCACCCGCCCCUGCCUGUCAUGCACACACCCUCCCCCCAGCCCCUGCCUCUCGCACCCUCGGAGCAGCAGUGGGAGUUUCGACUAGGGCUCCCGUCCCAUCGGCUGCUGGCUUGGAGGAGGGAGGGUCCCCAGCGUGGUGUGGAGACGCAGGGGAGCCUCUUGCAGGGUCUGGGGGUGCAGUUCCACGGGGAGCGCUCCCUGACCUUCUACGAGGGCCCCCCCCUGCCGCUGCCUCCCGUUCUGGAUGAGGCCCUGCCCCACGAUGCCGUUGUCGCUGUGGGAACCAGGGUGUGCGCCCGUGAUGGCCGGGACGAGAGCCGCUACAGGGAGGGGGUCGUCACGGAAACGAGCCCUGGGCCCCCCCAGUCCUACAGGGUGCGGUUUGACAGAGCUUCCAAUAAUAAUCCUAACAAUAAUGAUAAUAACAGGAACAAUGAUAAUAAUAAUAAUGAUGACAAUGACGCCAGCAGGAGUAACAGCGACCCAGGUGCGUCCGGUCAAGAGAAGGACUGGGCUUGGGUUGCCCGCUCAAGCCUAAGGCUGCUGCAAGCUCCCUGUGGGGGUAACAAGGAAAGCCCCUCCUCUUCCUCAUCAGUUACUUCGGCAGCAGCAGUAAUACUCGUAGGUCCAGGAGGGGGAGUAAGAGGAGGGGGUGGUGUCGUAGUCGAGGGGGGCAGCAGCGAGAGAAUCAGGGGGGACCCUCCUCCUCCUCCCUCUCCUCCUCUUCGUCUCUCUUCCGCCAGUGAAACACAAACUCCGGAAGAGAUGGAGAUGGAGGUGGAAAAGGAGAUCUGCACUAUCAGUGCCGGCCGCGGGGUUAUAAGCGUCAACACCAAUAACAGCAGCAGCAGCAGCAAUAAUAAUAACAGUACUAGCGUUUCUGCCGGCAGCAGCGAGAUGGCCAUUGGAGACGACAGCAGCAGCAGUAGCAGCCCUCGCUUCAAACCACAGCAGCUCAGCUCUCUGCACCCCUCUCUGUCUCUCCAGCCCACUGCAGCACAGAACCAGUCCCUCCUGCUGCUCUCCGCAAGGGAGACCCAAAACAAGAACCUGCACCAGAACCAACAGCAGCAGCAUCCUCUAAUCCAGAACCACACCCCUCCUGAAGACAUGGAGGUGUCCAAGAUCAGCCUGAACAUGGCCUCCCCUUUAAGGGCAGAAAGUGUGGCUUUGCUUUUGGACAGAGGAGGUGGAGGUGUGGGAGAGGAGGAUGGGGGGGCGGAGCGGCCAGGCUCCCGGGGACCCCCUGCCUCCCUGCAGCAGCACGGCUCCCAGAGACAGAUUCUUUCCCCCUCCAAGUCUGCAGGGUACCCCCCGAUGACAGGGGUUCGGGGAGGGGGAGGGGGAGUGUUGCCUUUGGUGCUGACAGGUGGCUCCUCCAAUCGAUGCCUCCUCCUCCCUGAACAGCCCUCCCCCCUCCUGCUGAGCCAGGAAGUGAUGUCGUCGUCGGCAGGAAGCGGGAGGAGCAGUGCCAACAGCAGCAGCCAGGGAGGAGGGAGCGGCUGCACCACGCCGGGGGGGAGCGGGUCUUCCUCUCGCUCUCGCACCCCUCUGACUGCGGCCCAGCAGAAAUACAAAAAAGGGGACGUGGUCUGCACCCCGAACGGCAUCCGCAAGAAGUUCAACGGGAAGCAGUGGCGCCGGCUGUGCUCCCGCGAGGGCUGCAUGAAGGAGUCCCAGCGCAGGGGGUACUGCUCCCGGCACCUCUCCAUGAGAACCAAGGAGAUGGAGAGCGGGGGAGCGGGCAGCAGCGGCCGGCUCUCCUCAGACCCCCUCUCCAGGACGGGGAGAGCCAGCAGCGAGUUCGACUGGGAGGACACGUCCCGGGACAGCAGCAGCGAGACCAGUGGCAGCCGGGCUGACUCAAGGCCCAGACUGACCCUGCCCCUCCUCCCCUCCUCCUCCUCACAGGACCUCUCCCGCUUUGACUUCGACGAGUGCGAGGCGGCCAACAUGCUGGUCUCCCUGGGCAGCUCGCGCUCCGGCACCCCCUCCUUCUCCCCCAUCUCCAACCAGUCCCCCUUCUCCCCGGCACCCUCCCCCUCGCGCUCCCCGCUCUUCGGCUUCCGGCCGGCCAACUUCAGCCCCAUCACGGCCUCCCCCGUGAUUCAGAGGGUGACGGGGGGGGCCAGGCACAGGCACAUGAGCGCCAGCACCCCCAAAUCAGAGGGGGCCCCGGGAUUGCACCACCACAGCAGUGCCCCCCCAGGGACGGGGCACCGGGACAGAGAGAGGCAUUCCUCGGGGAUCCUGCCCACUUUCCAUGCCAACCUGACCUUCACUGUCCCCAUGAGCCCCAAUAAACGCAAACUGGAAACUGUGGGCAAUGCCCCUUGCUCCUCCCACUCCCACCCCGCUUCCUCCUCUGCAGCAGGAUUGGGAAUCUGCCUCCCGGCCCCUCCGGAAUUCCAGAAGAGCGACAGCACGGACUCUGGCGUGGAGUCUGUCUCCCACACCCCGACUCUGCCCUCCACGCCAGCUGGGUUCAGGGCCAUGUCUCCAGCAUCGGCGGCGGCAGCAGCGACUGGGGGAGGGCAAGCCUCCUCCUCCUCUUCUUCCUCCCCCCUGCCCCUGCUCCUCUCUCCUCCCCCCUCGGCCCUCACCUCCGACCCCUCCCCCACGGUGCGCAGGGUCCCAGCCCUGACCCAGCAGCAGCAGCAGCAGCAGCAGCAGCAGCAGUCCCAGAGAGACUCCCCAGUUAUCGUCCGCAACCCCGACGUGCCUUUACUGCCAGCCAAAUUCGCAGAGAAGCCCCCGGAAAGCAGGGCCGGCCCCCGGACAGCCAGGCCGACGGUGGCAGGAGCUGGGAGCAUUGUAGGACCUUCUUUUGCUCCUUCUUCAUCGUCUUCAUCGUCUUCCUCUGUGUGCCCAUCGGUUAAAAGCUCUGGCCUCCAGAUGCCGGUCCCCAUUAACGCCUCCCACUUAGCAGCGCAGAACCAGGCAACCAACGGGUGCAUUAUAGUGGGCAGAGUCUCCUCUUCCUCAUCCUCAUCCUGCUCUGUCAGCCAGGCAGGCCCCUCCUCCUCCUCCUCCUGCUCUGCUCUGAAUUCGGGGUUCACCCUGGGGAUCCCUCUGCAGCAGCCUGUGCCUUUCCACCCCACCCCCACUGCACUGCUGCCCGUCAUCGUGCCGUCCGAGCUCUCGCACCCGGCGCCGAGGAAGGAGAUCAUCAUGGGCCGCCCCGGGACAGUUUGGACCAAUGUCGAGCCGCGAUCGGUCCCGGUAUUUCAUUGGCACUCAUUGGUCCCCUUCCUGGCUCCCAGCCAAUCGGAAUCCUCCAUCCAGUCCUCAGAGGGGCAGCAGGUUGUCAGUCAUCCUCCCCCACCCAAUCAGAAUAAAGAUCCUCCCCAAUCCUGUGUGGUGCCAGUCCCAGAACCCAGCACUACCACAGCUCCCAGUCUGGAAGGGGACCCUGAGAAGCGCCCCCCUCCCAGUCCAAGCCCCAGUGAGGCCCCGCCUCGAGAGGAGCAGACCCCCCCUGGCAGAGACAGGGGGGCAGCAGGGGGGGACAGUGAGACUGAGAGCGAUGCAGACGACCCGUUCUUCUCCAGCAUGAUGCCCGAGAUGCCCUUGUCUGUACCCCCGGUGAAGAGGAGGACCCAGUCCCUCAGCGCCCUGCCCAAGGACAGGGACUGUGACAAGGAUGGCAGGAGCCCGGGCAAGAGGGAGAAGGAUCACAUCCGGCGGCCGAUGAACGCCUUCAUGAUCUUCAGCAAGCGGCAUCGUGCCCUGGUGCACCAACGCCACCCCAACCAGGACAACCGCACCGUCAGCAAGAUCCUGGGGGAGUGGUGGUACGCACUGGGGCCCAAGGAGAAGCAGAAAUACCAUGACCUCGCCUUCCAGGUAAAGGAGGCUCACUUCAAGGCACACCCUGACUGGAAGUGGUGCAACAAGGACCGCAAGAAAUCAAGCUCUGAUGUGAAGACAGCACUGAGUGGAGCUGGGGGUGUGCCCAAAGAGAUAAGAGAGAGGAGCAUGUCAGAGACUGGAGAGCCCCUGGCUGUUUCCCAGGCUGCCGUCUUGGGGGCGGAGCUGAAGGUAGGUCCCAGUGGAGUGGGUGUGACCGAGCGGCAGGCAGGGGAGGGGCCUCAGACCCAGCUGACACGCCCCCGAGCCUUCUCACACAGUGGAGUGCACAGCAUGGAGAGAGGAGAGAGGAACACGCAGGCACUGACAGAGCUGACACAGAUAUGUGUCUCUGGCUCUCAGUACUCUGGUAUGAAGUUCUCUGCCCCACGGCGCUCGUUCUCGCGCUCCCAGCGCGCCGCCAGCGAGGAGAUGACCAGCGACGAGGAGAGGAUGGUGAUCUGUGAGGAGGAGGGGGACGAUGAUGUCAUCGAGGACUCCUACCCGGCCGGCACCAUCGAUCUCAAGUGUAAAGAGAGAGUGACGGACAGCGAGAGCGACGGGGAAGAGGGGGAGCACAAGAGAGUGUUUGCCCCGGUGAUCCGCUCCUCCCCUCAUUCUCACUCCCUUGCUCACCCCUUCUCACACCCCCACUCUCACUCCAAGCCCGAAAACAACGCCAACAACAGCAAACAGCCACUUUCUGUGCGCAGAGAAAUUAUGUCCUCCCAGCAACAACAGCAGCAGCAUAGGAAUCAGAACCUCCCACAGCCUCCCAGUCCCAGCUCCCAGCAACACAAGCACCACAGCGCUCCCAGCAACAGCUCCCAGUCACCCUCCCAGUCCCACCGCACCUCCUUUAACACCAGUUACCAGUCUGGAACGGGGGGAGCAUGUAAAUCAACAGGAGGGCCACCCACUUCACCAUCAUCGACAGCAACAGGCAAGCGCCCGAGCAGCAGCAGCAAUACCAACAACAACUAUAAUAACAAUGAUAAUAAUACCAACAGUAAUAGUAGCAGCAGCAGUGGCGAUGGGCUCAAGAGGAAGCGAGGGGAUCAGCAGCAGCAGCAGCAGCAGCAGCAGCAGCUCAGGGAGACGUCCUCGGCAGAGCCCUCCUACCCCCCCGCUCACACACCCAACAGCUUGACAGCUUCCCCCUCCCCCAGCCCUUCAUCCCAGCCCCAGCCCCAGUCAGUCAUUGCCAGCACAGUGAGCAUGCUGCCCGCACUGGUUUUCCCCCAGUCCCCUGGAGGGGUAGGGGUGGGGCGUGUUUACUCCCCAAGCCCUCUCCCCGCCCUGCCGCUCUCCCAGCAGCACUGCCUUUCUGUCAGGAUGGCCUCCACGGUGGUGACCAGCGUUGUGAAGCCCGUGAGCAGCACCCCCGUCCCCAUCGCCAGCAAGCCGGCCACCCUGCCCUGCCCCCCGGCCGAGCUGCAGUUGUCGGGGAGGGUCUUCAACCAGCAGGGGGUGCCGGGCGGAGGGGCUGUGUCUGUCCUGUACGCAGAGAAGAGACCGCCAGCGGUGCUGGGGGCCGCGCAGCCCACACAGCAGAUUGUGAUCGCCCCCCCCUCUGCGGGGCUACUGCCCAGGUACACCUCGUCGACCCCUCCCUUCUCCUUCGCUACCACCUCCUCUCCUUCGUCAUCCUGCUCUUCUCCUCAUGCUGCAUUCUCCAUGGCUGGGGGAGGGGGCGUGCUGACCAGCCUGGUGGUGGGUGGGGGGGGUGCGAUUGGGAUUGGGGGCCCCCAGCAUGGUUUCGGGGGACCCCCCCAGGGCACAGCUGUGCAUCUCAUCGCUCCCCAUCAGCAGCCUCAGAGUUACCACAGCUCCGGCUGCGCUGUUAAUAACGGCACGGGGCUGGCCGCUGGGAAAGGCAGCAGUCUGGGCCUCAUCCAGUCCCCAGCUCAGUUUUUGUCUGCGGCUGCGCCCUCCUGUGGCCCUAAAGGGGUAACGCAGGUGCAGUACAUCCUGCCCACCCUGUCCCCAGGGGCGGUUGCUAUGGGAGGGGCCGGAAAGGCUGGCUUACCCUACCCCUCCCAGCAGCUCCCUCCCACCCACCACCCCCAGCAGCAGCAGCAGCAGCAGCAGCAGCAGCCAGCCAGCAUCCAGUUCACCCUGCCGGCCCCGCAACAGGGGCCCAGCCAGGUGGCCAAUGGGAAGGCGGUUGGCGUGGUGACGGGAGCCACGCCCCCACAGCAGCAGAAUCUUGCAGCCUGCAACUCGCCAGGGAGCAGAGCUCAGUCCAUCUCCCCAGUUCUGCACCAGCCCUGUCUCUCUGGCUCGAUACUCCAGGCCCAGGGCAAGAUGCUGGUUCCUAUGGCGACUGUGCGCACCGCCCAGCCUCAUCCCCUCCCCCUCGUGGCCCCGCCCAUCUCUGUGCCGAUCCAGAAUGGGGCCCAGCCAGCCAGCAAGAUCAUUCAGAUCGCUCAGGUGCCAGUUGUCCAAUCGCAGGUGGCCCCCGCAGGAGCAAUACAUGCUGGGAGCCCCUUCCCCGCCUCCAUGACGACUGCCACAGUGAUGUCACCAGGCUCCUCCCAGCCCCAGAAGGUUCUCCUGCCCUCUGCUCCCACACGGAUCGCCUAUGUGCAGUCGACGAUAAGCUCCUCCUCCCAGCCUGACCCCACCGCUGGCCCUGCCUAUGUCUCCUCCUCCCAGGGAACUCUGGGCCUCACUGCUGCCAUCGCCCCCUCUGGUCAGACUGUGGUACAGCCUGUCCUUGCAGGUCAGACCCCUGUCCUUACCCCAGGCCAGUCUCCCAGCUGCCCCCAGGUGCCCCCCCCUCCUCACGGUCCCAGUGUGGCGGGGCAGGUGCUGACGGCCAUCUACCCCUCUCCUGGUGCUGGGGGUGCAGGGGGUGUGGUUCCAAUGGUGACGCUGCCGCAGAACAUGGUCUACAGGGUGUCCUCCCCUGCGCCGCACUCGCAGCCACAGAUCCUGCCGAAAGUUGCGCAGACGCACAAGCCAGCCAACUGCACCGCCCCUCUGGGGACCUCUAGUGGCUCUGCAGUGUCGCUACAGCAAGCAGGACUGACAGGGGGCUUGUCCUCGGCCCCUAGGCCCCCCCAGAGAGUGAAAGCCACGCUGGCCUCCAUCCCGGUGGGCAGUCUGGAGAGCGAAGUGGGGGGGUCAUCUCGAGGGGGGAGCGCCACUGUUGCUAGCCCCCCUGACAGCGGAGGGGAGCCACAAAACCAGGACAGGUACCCCCCCAAACUGCACAAGGAGUGGGACCCUGCCGGGGAGAGAGAGGAGCGGGGCAACAGCACCGGCCCCGAGGGGCAGAUAGCGGCUGCUGGGAGCUCUGCAGGGGCAAUGAGCGGAACCUGCCGGGGCAAAGAGGGGGUGACACAGCAGCAGGGUGUAUGGAGAGGCCCUGUUCCUGAGGCAGCCCCGCCCUCCUCUCCCUGCCCCUCCUCCUCCUCCUCCUCUUCUUCUUCUGGCUCUGUCUCCGCAGUGGGGGGGGCAGAGACCCCCAAGCUGCCCUCCCUGAGUGACCCCCCUCCCGCCAAGAAGGUGAAAGUGAGGCCGCCGCCCCUCAAGAAGACAUUCGACUCUGUGGACAAGGUCCUGUCGGACGUGUAUUUCGAGGAGCGAUUCGCUGAACUCCCCGAGUUCAAGCCAGAGGAGGUGCUCCCCUCCCCCACCCUGCAGUCUCUCGCCACCUCUCCUCGAGCCAUCCUGGGCAGCUACCGCAAGAAACGCAAGAACUCCACCGAUCUAGACUCUUCCACAGAGGAUCCCGUCUCUCCCAAGCGGAAGAUGCGGCGCAGGUCCAGCUGCAGCUCGGAGCCGAGCACCCCCAAGAGCGCAGCCAAGUGUGAGGGAGACAUCUUCACCUUCGACCGGCCAGGCACGGACUCUGAGGAUGUCCUGGGGGAGCUGGAGUUUGACAAGGUGCCGUACUCCUCCCUGCGUCGAACCCUGGACCAGCGCAGAGCCCUAGUCAUGCAGCUCUUCCAGGAGCAUGGCUUCUUCCCUUCAGCCCAGGCCACAGCUGCCUUCCAGACUCGUUACUCCGAUAUCUUCCCUACGAAGGUGUGUCUGCAGUUGAAGAUCAGGGAGGUGCGGCAGAAGAUCAUGCAGACCGCCAACCCUUCGGAGCUGGUGAGCCUGGGAGCAGGGCUGGGGUCCCAGGACAUGAGCGCACCCAGCACCCCCAACCCCAACCCUGGCCCCAGCCAAACACAGAUACAGGGGCCCGCGGAGAGUCACGCCACACAGGAGGCAGGGGAGACCCAGGGGGGAGAGGGGGAAGGAGAGGGAGGGGAAGGGGAGACAGGCUGCACUUCCCCACAGAAACCACAGGGGGCAGCGAUGGCAUCAUCCUCCCAGGAGUUGAGAUGAAGGAAAGGAGACCAGAGUGAUGGAUGGAAUGAAGGCCAAUUGAUGUAGGAAGAGAAGGAAGAAAUGAGAAGCGGCUUUUUUGACUUGGAUGGGUUUUUUUUUUUCUUCCUGUCACAUGGGAAGUGGGAUGCGAGUGUCCUGUCGUCAUGGCAACUGCCCUGGCACACAAUGGCAUCAUGCGUCAGCAAAGCCACUCGCUGUCUCUCUCCCCUUCUCCCUCAUCCAACCUACACACUCUUUCAUCUAACUUUCCAACAUCCUCUCCUUCCCUCUAUCUAUCCUACACACUCACUUUCAGUAUUAAUGAGUCCUUCACUCCUCCCCUUCUCGGUUAUUUUGGGAUUCUGAGAGUAUUCUGUUGCUUUAUAAUGUAUAGCUUGCAUUUCAGUUUGUGUGGAGAGGUGGGGGAAACCUGUAAACGCCAGCUUCUCUGACUCCUUCCUCCGACUGGAUACAAAGUGGGUGGGGAGCUGUACCUCCUUCACCUGCCAUUGGCUGGAUUGCAACAGUGGCCUGACCUCAGAGCUCGAUUAGGCUGCAGAGGAAAGCAGUGAGAGAACGGAUGCUUUGAUUGGCAGUGGGAAUUUAUUUCCCUGCUUUGGCUGGAGUGUAAACCUGCUGCACAAUCGGAACUCCUCCCUCACGGGCUGGGAAGAACAUUUUAUUUCCAUGUACGGGACACCUCUGGUUGGCUGCAGUGGUUAAGCCGCAUUCUGAUUAGUUCGGAUGAACAAUGGCUGCAACAUGUGUCUUGUGCUAUUGGCUGGAACGCACAACGGACUAGAAUUCAACAAAGAAAGAAAAACUCAGUCCACAGGCAGGCUGUUGCACCAGGAGGAAGAAAGGAAAAAAAUGGAACAGUUUUAAUGAAACAUUUAAUACAGAACAAUAACUUUUAGUUGUUUCUUUUUCUUUUUUAAACCACGUAUUAUAAUUAUUAAUAUUGUUCUUUUUACUUUAAACUUUUUUUUUUUUUUUUUUUUUUUUUUUUAAUUGUUGCACUUUGUUGAUUUUGAAAGGAAAAGGAUCAAGUCCUUGCACGCAAACACAAGCUCCCUGUUUCAGUGUUGCAUUGUUUUGUAUUGUUACUGUACAGUGGGUGCAGGACUGUCGCUUCCAGAGAGCGCGCUUUAAUGAAUGUACAAAAUGACUAAGAAGAAAUGACAUUAUUUAGAACAUGAACACAAACCAUCAGCUGAGUUGCCAGCACUGCAGUAACCCUGUGUGUGUG